UCGACAUCGACUUGGAAACAUGUGAAUUUUUAAACUUGUCGUAUUUUUUUUUGUGCUGAUUAUUUAUCUGAUAUUUGCUGAUUAUUUACUGAUAAAUUAUACAAAAAAAAAUAAUAGAAACUUUCCCAGCAUGGUUGUGAAUUGUGAAGUGAAAUUUGACAACAAUCCAAAUGCAAUAUUUUUUGCUGGGCAAACAUUGUCUGGCGUUGUAGAACUGACAAUAGAUAAACCAAAAAAGAUUAGAGGUUUGGUGCUGAAAAUUGAGGGAUAUGCGAAAGUGGAAUGGACUGAAUCAGAAAGAUCUAACCGCUCGACACAAGGGCAAACCGCAAAUUCUCGACGCAAGAAUGUGACAUAUUCAGGACGUGAAGAUUAUAUGUCAUCAACUUCUUAUUUGAUUGGAAGUCCAGAAGGUAAUCAAAUUGAGAUAGCACCAGGACAGUAUAGGUAUAACUUUCAAUCAGUUCUACCGCCACAACUCCCGACAAGCUGUGAAACAAAUCAUGGAUCAAUCCGUUAUCUAGUCAAUGUUAUUCUGGACCGUCCAUUUAAGUUCGAUCUAACCUACAAGACAGCAUUCACAAUCAUCAAGCAGCUAGACCUAAAUUAUGAAAAUCCAUCCUUAACAAUCCCAUUAAAAAUGGACACAUCAAAGACUUAUUGCUGCUGGUUCUGCAAGACAAAACCUUUACAUCUCUCUGCAUCUAUUCCUCAAUCAGGUUUUGUGCCUGGACAAAUGGUGAAUGUAUAUGUUGAGGUCCGAAAUGAUUCACGAUUUGAUGUCCUGGAUGUUGUUGUAGCACUGAUGAAAGUCAUUAAAUAUAACUCACAAGUACCAAAGUUAAAGACAAAGGAAGAAACAUUAACAGAAACACUAGUCCGGUACGGAGAAAUCAAGAAAGAGUCAAGAAAAGUUUUCAAUCAGCAACUUAUAAUUCCACCUGUGCCACCCUCAAACUCAAGCUAUUGCCGAUUACUGAAUGUUUCAUAUGAAGUUGAAGUAAGAUGCAAUGUCGUUAAGUUUGCAUCAGAUCCAUUCAUUCGAUUGCCAAUAAUUGUUGGAACAGUGCCUUUAAAUAUUAGACAAACUCCAGUUUUUCCAACAGCACCACAGUUGUCAACAUCACCAAUGUCAAUAUCUGGAAAUUAUGAGCAUCUUGUGAACGCGUUUCGGAUGGCUCAGCAGCAACAAUCACAGAGGCAGAAUACUGAUGAAUUGCCACCACCAUCAUAUGCAGAAGCUGUCUACGCAGAAGAACAAGGCAGAGAAGUGGAACUUAAUGAAAUAGGAGAGCACACAAUGGGAACUAGACCAUACCAUCCAAUGUAUCCGUUCUACAAUUUCAAUAAUACACAACCCCAAACCUCGAGCAGUCAACAUGAGAAUGGAAUUCAAACUAAUGGUUUGAACGGACCAGGAACUGUAUCUGACUCGGCAAUCGUCCAAAAGUAUUAAGAUAAAAAUUGUUUACAAAAUAUUUGAAUGGAUUUAAAGUGAACCUUUAUGUCAUGUAUUGAUAAAUUUCUUAAAUAAAGUAUUUAUAGCAUUUAUGAGUCACACAAAAUU